AUGGCCAAGUGUGGUGUGCGGUCAAUGGAGUGGCCCGAAGUUGCUACUGCAAUCCGUGAACAUCGACGGGAGUUAGUAGUGUCAAACCAUGAUGGAAUGGAUCCCCUUCUCUAUUCACUGAAACAGCUUAACUUUCUGGACAUUUCAAAGUGUGGAAUUAGUGAGUUAUCCGAAGAUGUUAGCAACUUAAGCGAACUCACAAAGCUCUCGUUACAGCAUAAUCCCCUUCCCACGUUGCCCAGCGGCGUUGGCCUUCUUAGAAACCUUCGCUUUCUCGACAUCUCCUUCAACUGUAUAUCGGAUCUCCCCUUUACAAUUUUCGAUGAGCUCUUGCGUCUUGAGACACUUGUGAUGGACUCUAAUAAACUAGUUUCUCUCCCUUCCCUCAAAGGUCUUGUUGAUCUACAUCACAUGUCUGUGUCAAACAACCAGCUGUGUGAUUUUCCUGAAACGAUUACGGAAUGCUGCAAAAUUAUGACUAUUGAUGUGUCUGGUAAUCGCAUAUCUGAACUUCCUAACUGCCUUAAGUGGGAAAACUUGGGCAAUUUGCAACGACUAAACCUAGCCAAUAAUAAACUCACUUUCAUACCCGAGGAAUUAGCGGAGUGUAAAAAACUUAGGGAUCUUCGUCUCUCGGAUAACCCACUAAAGGACAAUCGUCUCAAGAAGCUUGCUUCCGAUCCACGAUCUGGACCUGCAGUUAUUAAUUACAUCGGAAAGUCGGUGAAGGGGAGAAGUCGAAAAGUGGACAAAAAUGGGAAGUUAACCAGAAAUUCAUCUGGUCAACCCGACCUUAAAUCGUGUACUGAAGAACCCUCCGCUGUCCAUGCUCUGAUUGUCUCCCCAACCACGAAUGAUGAGAAAUAUUUUAUCGGCGUUGUUAAACCAGAAGAAAUUCGGAAUAGCCUUCGGCCAAGAAUCUUUGCUUGCGUCGUCUCUGGAAUUAGUCUCUCUGCCGAAGGUGUACUGCCUAAUUUCAUGCGUUUUCAAACAAAGUUGCACAAUGGAUUGGGGGAGCAGCGCAGGGUAGCAACUUUUUGCACUCACGACCUCAAGCACGUCACGUUGCCCCUUAAAUUUUCUCUGCAGUCGGUUGAUUUCGCCUCCAUCCAGCCACUGAACAUGGCAAAGGUGAUGACAGCUCGUCAACUGCUCGCGCGUCUGCAGCUUGAGGCAGAAUCGGAGAGGAAGCGCCGAAAGAUGACCCAGUUCAGCAGCUUGAUGCGGUACCUCGAGAUAAUCUCGCCGUUACUAGGUCCAGGCCGGGAGACCUUGAAUGCCGCUGCCCAUGCGGAAUUUCAGCCCCUGCCUGUCACCACUGACGCUGCUGGUGUCACGCUUUCCCUGCAUCCGCUCACUGGGUGUCAUCAGACACGGCUAUCUCGGGAAACUACCUCAACUUUGAUCGAAGUGGCUGGUACAAGCGAUGAAGUCUGCAAGAAAAUUAUUCGAGCCCUGAUUGGGUGGUUGGUGCACAAUGCGCGACCAUCGUCCGAGGAUGAAGUCCCUCCUUCCGAAGGUGCCUCUGCUCGAUCGGCCGUCCUCACGGUUUCUCCCAUCACUGUUGUGAAUGCUGAGUCAAAGGCUCCAUUCUCUAAGUAUCCUACAACUGCUGACAUUGAGAACCCUGAAUUUCUUAAUGUUGACGUCUGA